AUGGUUAAGUAUAUAAUAUUUAUUGGUCUUUGGUCAUUAUGCCACGCCGCCUACAUCAGUCGAAUGUAUAGAGGACCCUCCGCAUUUCGUCCUGGUGUAGUCCUUCAGAGACCCCAAUUUCCAUUCAGACUAAUGCCACCAGUACCACAUCGGGCACCAUUUGUCGUCUACAGAAGUAUUCCUCAUAGAUAUGCAAUUAAGACCGUGGGCCCUAUGGUCACAAGGAAUAUGUUCGGAGUACCCUGGAAGACCACAGCACGAAUACCAGUGCCCGUGACUCCAGAUUACGACUUCGCAAGGGCUGCAACAUCUCAGCCAGUUAUUAGAACCGAUGGCGCCAUCCAUACAAUCCCAGCACCGAAUCUUAGUUUAUCGGAGAAACCAAUUGUAGUGGCUGAUGUUGGCGUUUUGGAUUCUACGGACGCGCAUAAUAUCGUUGAAUCGAUCAAGCCGACUUAUGAAGUAACAGAAAAUAACGGUGAAAUACAAUCCUACAAAGUACAGACGAAAAUUGAAGCACCGGUAGGAUUUUCCAAAGCGAAUUCCGCACCAAAUAAUGAUUUUAAUAUACACAAUAACGCCGAUCAACAAUUCAAUCCCGCGUAUGUUCAAGUUCAUCAACCUGUUGCGCCGCAAGAAUUUUCCAUUCAGCGCUUCAAUGGAUUACCAUCGCAUCAGGACUUGAUACAGUCAGGCGCAGAAGGCCUCAUAAUCCCACCCGACCCGCUGUACCAAACAGACCCACUGUUUCUGCAGAAGCUGCAAAAUCAAUUAUUACAAAAGUAUCCAGCUGUCGAAUUUAUCCCGUACACGCCAAACGUCCCCACACAAGUACAACCACAAGUCCAGUCCUUCCAACCAACACCGUUUUAUUUCGAUAACGAUCAUGUUAUAAAACAGCAACCGAUGUCUUUCAUCGUGAACGAUAACAGGAAUAUUGUCCAGCGAGAAACUCAAGAGGGAACUGUCGUGUCUAUAGUACCGCAGACAUUGGUAACGAAUAAUGUAACAGAAGUGGUAACGACACCUAGAGAUGUUACAACAUCAUACACCCCCGAAAAUACAACUUCAACGAAUAUCGUUGUAACUGAGGCACAAACGAACGUAACCACAAACAAGAUUGAAGAAAGUAAAUCUGAAGAGAAUAGAACUCAACCUAUGUAUUACGCACAAAUUGAGCAAAGUGUAAGCAGUAUCAUUCCAAGCGGCUUUCAAUUAACAACCAAUAAUGCUAAGACUGAAAUUGAACAAACCAAGAAUGUAGCUGACAGUAAUAUAAAAAGCGACACACUAAUGACUACAACGGUAACACCAACAUCAACUGUAAAGGUUGAAACUAGUCAGUACACAGAUAAUACCAAAGUACAGCCUGAAGCCAAUGAAAUUUCAAAAGAAUACACAAAUCUAAUUGGCUCUCCUUUUGAAAAGCCUGCUGAAUCUGUUAAUAUUGCGUACACGAUAUUAAGAGAUAAAGAACCUAAGGUAGUUAAAAAUGGAACAUUUCUAGCAGGCCAAGUCGUUGCUGCAAGCAUAACCGAAGAUAAAGAAUACCACAAGCAAAGAGCUCUUUCAAGUAGACAGUCGCAUCAUCCUCUGUCGGAGAAGAGGUCGGCAAAUGUUUCAUCUCCGCAAGUGGUCAGGGCCAAAAUUCCGCCAAGGAGUAAAUUAACCUUCGAUGACAAGACAGGCGAACCAAUUUUGCGGGUUUAUGCGAGCUACGUGGAUAGUCCGGCUAGGAAGGAAGUUAUAACAAAGAAGUUGACGAAUCUAAAGCACUUAAGGGAGGCGAUAACUAAAAGGCAAGAACACAUCGACAAUAUUGACGCCGCUACAGUUAAUGACUUAGCCACAGAUAUUAAUCAGUUUGGAUUGAAAAUAAAAUCUAAAAAUACAGAUAACGUUCAUAUCUUAGAUGAAUAUAAUAAGUAA